GAGUGAAGAAUGUUCUAUAUCCUUUCAACUAAGAACCUUCCAACUCACUCCGAACUGAUCAGAAUCACGAAUUGGUCAAAUUAAUCUUUCAACUUUCACGAUAUGGCAACCAACGGCUCCUCUAACAAUCCCGCUCCCUAUUUCGAAUUAUAUCGUAGAUCGAGUGUCGGUCUUGCGUUAACGGAUGCCUUGGACGAGUUGAUUCAAAGUGGUCACAUCAAUCCACAAUUGGCUUUGACAGUCUUGAAGCAGUUCGAUAAGUCGGCCUCUCACGUCUUAUCCACCCAACUUCGUUCGAAAUGUCAAAUUAAAGGACAUUUAUCAACUUAUCGGCUGUGCGAUGAGGUAUGGACAUUUCUUCUACAUGAUUCUAUUUUCAAGUUAGAAGGCGGAGAACAAGUCGGUCCAGUGAAACGAGUCAAGAUUGUAGCAUGCAAGGGUAAUGCCGGAGCAACUGCUCCUCCUGCGUAGUUCUUCAUUCAAUCAGCCGGGACAAGAGGUGUCCGUUUUGACGUUCCUACUCUGUGAAACUUAUCACUCUAUCUCCUUCAACAUCGAAAAGAUUCAGACAAGCAGGCAGAAUAAGCAACAUACAUUAUGAAGUAAAUCCUGUUUUCGAUUCCAGAAGUGAGGUCCUCAUCAUUUCAUAUCACAUUUUGCAUGGUAGACCACCCCUUUUCUAAUUCAAAUUGACCGUACAUAUAUGUAUCUUCCUCGUAUGUUGUAAGGUCUACAUUCUCAUUGCUUGU